ACUUGCGCAAGGGAUCCUGGGAUUUCCUUGGCAAGUCCUCAGAGGGGGUGGCCAUCUUCUUCUCUGAGGCUGAGAGAGUGUGGGACUUGCGCAAGGGAUCCUGGGAUUUCCUUGGCAAGUCCUCAGAGGGGGUGGCCAUCUUCUUCUCUGAGGCUGAGAGAGUAUGUAGUGCGUCAAGCAGGAACGCUUUAUUUCAUACUUCCAACACUGUGUGUGUGUUGUGUGUGCCUCCAAAUCGGACUUGACAAGAGCCCUGUGUGUGUAUUUGUGUGUGAAGGGGCCGAAAAGGCGUCCCUAGCGGGCGGCGUUCCCUUGCCAGUCGGAGGAGGAGGAGAGAGGCCAUUCCCCGGCGCCUCCUUAACUCCGGGCCCGGCCUCCUGCUCCCUCCGCCUCCGGCCCUCCUUCCCCGCCAAAGUCCUAGAAUAAAGUUCUGAGGAGCCGCCGAGUUUCCCUCAGAGAAGAAAGAGAGAGAGGAGCCGCUUUCUUUCCCCUCAUGGCCUCCGCGGAGUUAGCCGAAAAGCUCCAGCGCCGCUUGCUGAGGGACGGCAGCACUUCCGAGCCCCCCCCGACGGCAAAGCAUGCAGCGCCGGCAACGGAGGAGGAGGAGGGGAACCAGGAGGAGGAGGAGGAGCGGGCGUCGGUCAGCGCCUCCGCAGACCCCGAGCUGAGCGCCAAGCUGAGCCGCCGCCACGAGAUCCACUCGGGCGCCGCCCGGCCCCGCUUCGCCCAGGUCUUCAACCCCUACACCGAGUUCAAGGAGUUCUCGCGGAGGCAGAUCAAGGACAUGGAGCACAUGUUCCGACUGUAUGACUCGGGGAAAGAUGGGUACAUUGACCUUAUGGAAUUGAAGCUGAUGAUGGAGAAGCUUGGUGCACCUCAGACUCAUCUGGGUCUAAAGAACAUGAUCAAGGAAGUGGAUGAGGACUUUGAUGGCAAACUGAGCUUUCGUGAGUUCCUAUUAAUUUUUCACAAAGCUGCAGCUGGGGAGCUCGAAGAAGACAGUGGUUUGAUGGCUUUGGCUAAACUCUCUGAAAUAGAUGUUGCCCUUGAGGGAGUAAAAGGAGCCAAGAAUUUCUUUGAAGCAAAGGUUCAAGCUUUGUCUUGUGCCAGCAAGUUUGAAGCAGAAAUAAAAGCAGAGCAAGAUGAGCGAAAGCGUGAGGAAGAGGAAAGAAAGCACCGCAGAGCAGCAUUCCGAGAACUCAAGUCAGCAUUCAGUCAAUAACUGGGACAAUCUGUCUGUCACUUGUGACUGGAGUACAUUCUUAAAAAUCUUGCCUUUGGCUAGCCAUUCACCUGCAGAGGAAACAAAACUGAUUUGAAUCUAUUUGCCAAAAAACAAACAAAAAUUCUCCUAACUAAAAGCUGGAGGAUAUGCCAUUUAUAGUGGUAUUCAGAUUGAUGCGAAUACUAAAGAGUGGCCAAGGUGACCCUUUCAUUUUAGUGGGCAUUGGUUUGGGGAAAUCAAAUUCCUUAAUUUUAAGCCUCCAGAAAGAAUGUAGGAGCAUCUGAGAAGUAACAGGAUCCUGACCAAUUGCAUUUUGAGGUUACAAUUUUUUUCUGUCAUUCUGAAUGUCUCUGUCUAUAUAAUUUUCUUUUAACUUUCCAUUCUGUAUACCUUUUUGCCUCUUCCUAAUUUUCACAAAACUAAUUUCUUGCUUCCCAACAAACAGGGUAUUCUUAUGGGCACACAUCAUAACCUUUUCAUUCAUACAGAAAUGUCCCAGUGGCUAGUUGCCCCCCUUUGUGCUUCUUACCCUAGAAAAAACUGUUCCCAGUAAUGGAUCAGUUAGUAGAUAUUGGCAAGGCAUGAAUGGCAGACACUUCCUCUCAUGAAAGGAGUUUUUUGCCAAUUUUUUCCACUAGCCUUACGAUUACUGCAGCUUUUCUUUAAUCCCCAGCAACAGAUUUUCAGGGGAUACAAGGGCCAGAAGAUGCAAAGAGGUGUUAGGAAAGCCAUGUUGCAUGGACAGUAUUCUACUUACACUAUCUAAACCCAGGCCUGUCAAAUAUUUGUCACAUAUAUUUUGCUCAAAGGCAUUGAAGUCAAUGUUCAGUUUUUCCCUUUCCAUGUAUACACAAGUGGCCAUAUUCUAAAGAAACAGUGCUACUAAUGGUACUGUCUAUUUCUCAGGCCACAUUCCAUGCUUCUGCAUGAGUUCAUAGCUCAUUUCUUUCUUUUUUUUAUCUAUUGGGUUUUAAGAAGCAAGAAAACAUCCAUCAAUAAGUCAUUUAGGGAUAUGUAUAAUACGUUUUGGGGACAAAUUAUCUUUCUGUCUUGUAAAUCUUCUUCUUGUGGACAUACGUGGGAAGGCAGCAACUUCUGUAGUCACCACUUACAUAAAACUGCCACUUUCAUCGGUUUCUGCUUGCAAGGAGAAAUACAUUCCAAAUACAGAUUAUGGCAUGUUAUACUGUUCAACAAGCUUGUAUUAUAUUCACAGUUUACACUUAUGUAUAUAUUUCACAUACUUAGAAAACAAGAAUGCCCUCCUGUGUUCAGAUCACAAACCAGAUAUCUUCUUUAUUUUGACUUCUUUUUUUAGCUUUUUACACUGUGACACUAAACUGUGAGUCCUGAAUAAUUAAAGGGAGCCCAUUUAAUAAUGGGUGGGAGAAUUGCUAACCAAUUAAAACUGUAUUUUCAAAUCCUCAGAUUAUAUUUGAUAAGAAUCCCAUGUUUUAGCUAAAAAUAUUUAUAAUAAAUGUUUUUAUACAUUACAAAGUUGGAAUUAUUAUUUCUUUUCUCUUGCUUAGUUGUGGAAAUAAAACUUUUUAAAACUUGA